UGUCUGAUUGGUGGACUCGCUCGCUGACUGACUGGGAAGUAAAACUGUCAAUGUCAAAGGAUCCUGGAUCAGCUGUUAACUGUCUGUCGAUCUUCCCCAGACAUCCACAGCGACCAUAAACAACAGAGACUCAGCACAGCACCGCUCAGUCCCUCCUAUGCAGAUUGAAGUCAGGAGCGCAGCAGCUUCACGUCGUUUUCAGGCAGCAUGAACUCUCUCCCGGGAAGAGCCGCACUGUCUCUGUGCAGACGCACGGCAGCGACAGGCGGGAUGAGGGUCCUCACUGGUUCCCCAGGUCACCCUGCCGGGGGCCUGCUGGCGGACAGGGUCUCUCUCCAGGCUGUGCGGGUCUGCCACUCGGGGACGAACCGCAAAGCCAGCAUCAGCACUAAGAAACGGGGCUUCGACAUCACCAGAAACCCCCACCUCAACAAGGGAAUGGCAUUCACGCUGGAGGAGCGCUUACAACUGGGCAUCCACGGCCUGCUGCCCCCUUGCUUCCUCUCGCAGGAUGUCCAAGUGCUGCGUGUCAUGAAGAGCUAUGAAACACGCAGCAACCCUCUGGACAAGUACAUCCUGCUGAUGACGCUGCAGGACAGGAACGAGAAGUUGUUCUACCGUUUGCUGACCUCUGAUAUCGAGGAGUUCAUGCCCAUCGUGUACACUCCCACUGUCGGCCUGGCCUGCCAGCAGUACGGCCUGGCCUUCAGGAGACCGCGAGGUCUCUUCAUCACCAUCCACGACAGAGGCCACAUUGCCACCAUGCUUAACUCCUGGCCUGAAGAAGACAUAAAGGCCAUCGUGGUGACGGACGGCGAGCGUAUCCUCGGACUGGGUGACCUGGGCAGCUAUGGCAUGGGCAUUCCUGUUGGCAAGCUGGCGCUCUACACAGCCUGCGGUGGCGUUCGGCCGCAGCAGUGUCUCCCUGUGUUGCUGGACGUUGGCACCGACAACCAGGCACUGCUCGAUGACCCCUUGUACAUCGGACUGAAGCACAAGAGAAUCAGAGGAAAGGAGUACGACGACCUAAUCGAUGAGUUCAUGCAGGCCGUGACAGACAAGUACGGGAUGAACUGUCUGAUUCAGUUUGAGGACUUUGCCAACAACAAUGCAUUCCGCAUCCUUAACAAAUACAGGAAUCGGUACUGCACCUUCAACGAUGACAUCCAAGGCACGGCCUCGGUAGCUGUCGCCGGCCUCUUAGCUGCUUUGAAGAUCACCAAGAACAAACUGUCUGAUCACACCUUUGUUUUCCAGGGAGCAGGCGAGGCUGCUCUGGGUAUUGCUCACCUGCUCAUUAUGGCCAUGGCCAAGGAAGGCCUGAGUAGUGAAGUAGCUGCCAAAAGGAUCUGGAUGGUGGACUCAAGAGGUCUCAUUGUAAAGGGAAGAAGUCAUCUGAACCACGAGAAAGAGGAGUUUGCUCAUGAGCACCAGCACCUGAAGACCCUGGAGGAGGUGGUGCACACCAUCAAACCCACCGCCAUCAUAGGAGUGGCUGCUAUCGGAGGAGCAUUCACUGAGAAGAUUAUCAAAGACAUGGCAUCCUUCAACGAGAGGCCGAUCAUCUUUGCCCUGAGUAACCCUACCAGCAAGGCAGAGUGCACAGCAGAGCAGUGCUACAAGCUCACGCAGGGUCGGGGUAUCUUCGCCAGUGGAAGUCCGUUUCAAAAGGUGACGCUGUCUGAUGGACGCACCUUCUACCCUGGACAGGGAAACAACGCCUACGUCUUCCCGGGGGUCGCUUUGGGCGUCAUCGCCUGUGGAGUGCGCCACAUAUCUGAUGACAUCUUCCUCACCACAGCAGAGGCGAUAGCUGACAUGGUAACAGAGGAGAACUUGGCUGAGGGAAGACUCUAUCCUCCUCUCAACUCCAUAAGAGAGGUGUCCUUCAAGAUCGCAGUGAAGAUUGUAAACUACGCGUACAAACACAACAUUGCUUCGGUGUACCCUGAGCCAAAGGACAAGGAGGCGUUUGUGCUGUCUCACGUCUACAGUCCCGAUUACGACUCGUUCACUCUGGACACAUACAGCUGGCCGCAGGAGGCCAUGAAGGUCCAGGAUGUGUGAUCCUGGUCAUCUCUCUUUCUCUCUCUCUAAAUGUAAUAUGCUGCCGUCACUUACGAUUUUUGAAUUGCCUCCAUUCAGAAACUUUGCCAACGAUUCUCGCUUUUUAGUUGUUUGUUUCUAUAAAUGUCCCUGGUAUGUUCUCAAAUGAACUUAGAGAUUCAACACGCAGCACAUGGAGCUCAUUAUAAACUAGAUGCCCAAUUAUAAGCCAACCAACGAUGCAUAAUAUACUUGUAUGUUAAGGAUUAUAAACUCUAAGUGU